CUUUAUCCAAUGAAAAUGGAGGACGCGCCUGUAUUAUUUUGUUGUGGAAGGCCGAAAAUAAGAUGUUAAACAACACUUGUUGAGUUUAGAUACAGAUUUUGUUUAAAGGAAGAAGUUAAGAGGGAAGGAAGGUAACAGUGGAAGUAUGAAUCCUGAGGACAGUCUGGAGUUGCCAGGGCCUGAAGAGGGGUUGGGCAGACCCAUAAUCAUACAGAGAGACCAUGUGUCGCAGACUGUGGUCAUGGAGAACCAGUGUCCUCAAGAUGGUGUUCUCCAGGGCCAAACCAUAGGUGUAACAGCAGUGGACGGAACCAGGGAGAUGGUGAUGACUGGUGUGACCAGCUCAGAUAUGUCCCAGGGCGUUGUCGAGGACGACCAGAUCCACUACCCCCAGGACGGUGUGUUCCAGGACGAGCCAGGAGUCGUUGUAGAAGAGAGGUCCCGAGAGAUGGUGGUCCCGAGGGUGUCGCAGGACAUGGUGGUCGACCAGCAGGAGAUUGUCAUCCAAGACGACACCCAACAGGUGGUGCUGGUCACUGUGCCAGACAGCUCAGGGGGUGACAAUGAUGGCAAUGUGGAGAUAAUUGUCACCACCUGCUCACUGUCGUCAUUAAAUGAACAAGUGGCACUGUGUCCUAUCAGUAAAGCCGAUGAACAUUAUCAACACAUUAACACCAUGUCAAGUUCUGAUAGAAUUCUGCCACAGAGUGUUUGUGAGUACAACAAGGCCAUCUUUACCCAGGGCAAUCUAAGCUCGAAUCAUUCUGUGAUGGUAGGGACAGAAAGUGGAGAUCGGCAGAUACAAGAACUGGAAACGUUGCAUGGUCCAUCAGGUAAUCUGUACAACCAACAGCUGCCCAGUACGGUUGUUCCAGCAAUUAGUUCCAGCACAGACGAUCCCCUGUAUGAUUCAGCAGUGUCAUCAGGCAUCAUAUCCCCAGCAUUCCAGUCUGCUCUCAACACUGUAUCCUCUACACCAAUGAUAAGUCUCACUCGCUUCCCAGGGAGCCCCACCAAACACACCGAGGGGGAAGUACUGCCACUGCAGAGUGCCUCUAGCGUUGUGGUUGCCGGGGAACAGACAAGUGUAAUCUCCAGUACCAGAAUACAGCAGUCAUCACUGACAUCCGUCUCCAUGACGCCACAGGAUCAAGCUUUGUAUGAAAAACAGGAAACGAUGAAGAGUUUAGAGUUAGUUGAUGCUCAGUGGAAAAAUUCGGUUGUGAACAGUCCUUCCAAAUCUGAUACAAUAUUCCUCACAGAAAAUACACCUGCUGAUGGAGCUGUGUUUGGCUACAAGGUAAUUGACAUUAAUGCAGAACAUCCUAAACAAAACAUGGAACCACCAGAGCCUAAUUCGAAGGUAAAGGAGGAAGCGACCAAUAACGUUGGUCCCAAGGUGGAUGAUAGUGAGACUGGAUCUUCUGUGACCGAUAAUGCUGGGACUGGUGCCAAGACACAGAAUACUGAGACUGUCGAGUCCUGCAGUGAAAGUGUUGACACUGGCAAGGUGACAGAGCCGAGGGCGGUGAAGGUGCAGGUGAGAGUGUGUAGCGUGUGUCACACAAGUUUCAGUAACGCAGAGGAGUUUGUGCUGCACAUGAUGCAGCACUCCUUGUAUGACUCGUUCACGUGUGACCAGUGUGGGAAGCGCUUUGUGGAUGAGGAGUCGCUGACUCGGCAUAAGCUGAAACACAGUCGGAAUCUCAGACGGGAGUUCCACUGCAAGGAGUGCAACAAAUCAUUUACAACUAACACCUAUCUCAAGUCCCACAUGAGGACACACACUGGUGAGAAGAUUCACGCCUGUGAUGAGUGUGACGAGAGGUUCACUUUCUCCAACAUGCUUCGCCGACAUAAAUUCAAAGUUCAUAAGGAUUCCAUCCGAGAGUGUCCCAUCUGUAACAAGGAGUUUGUGAACAAUGUUUUGUUGGUGAGACACUUAGCAGAGCAUGACAAACAGCCUGAGACGACGGAGGAACAGGACAUGCCGUCAACCGCAGCACCAAGGAAACGGAGAGGAAAAAGAAAGAUCAGGAAGACUACAAAAAAGACUUCCGCUAAAUUAAAAGUGAAAAACACCAUUGCUGGCAAUAAACCCCAAACCAGGGGACAAAAGAAAAAGGAAGGGUCUAAAACAUCACCAGGUAUGGCAGAGAUUCCAAAACCACAGCAGUUUUCUUGUAUGAUCUGUCAAGAGAAAUUCCCCUCCAAAAUUCUUUUGAAAAAACAUGCAAGGACACAUUUAGGUCAGAGAGUUUUGAGGUGUGAUAAGUGCGGGAAGGUGUUCCAAGACUCCAUCAAGCUGAAGAUGCAUAAGUUGUCCCACACUGGGCAGACUUUCACGUGUGGCUUCUGUGGGAAGAGUUUCAGCUAUGCCUCCACUCUCACCAUGCACAAGAAGCGCCAUGCGCAGGAGAAGGGCGUUCAGUGUAACGUGUGUGGUAAGAGAUUUGCUACAGCGGAUGUACUGAAAACACACAAGACAACUCACACAACCAUGAAGGCGUAUGUCUGUGAUGUGUGCGAAAAAGCGUUCACCAGUCAAUAUUACUUGAAAGCUCACAAACGUAUCCACACAGGGGAGAAGCACUAUGGCUGUCUGCAGUGUGGGGAGUCCUUUAUGUUCUCAACUGGACUCCGACGCCACGUUAUCAAGGAACAUGGUGGCAUUGCAUCAAAGAAGACCGAAGAGGCUGAGAAGAAAGAUGAGGCCCCGUCUCUCAAUGCAGAGGAUGACGGCAGUGGAGGUGGGGAUGAUGACAUCGAUGAAUUCCCCGACUUUUCUUCACAAAAUAUUCAAGACAUGAUGAUUGGAAAGGAUGGAGAAAUACUGUCAACCAGUAAAAUUAAGGUGGAGAAAGGCAUGCUGAUGGCUUCCACUAAGGACGAGCAUGGGAUGCUGGAAUGUGGGUGGUGUGGGAAGAAGUUCCAGUCUACCCCAGCCCUCAACACUCACAUGAAGGAGCAUGUGGAGUUCCCGCACACCUGUCACAUGUGCAAUAAGACCUUCUCGCGAGAGCUGUACCUCCAGAAACACCUGCAACGCCACAACACUGACCGACCACAUCACUGUAAUGACUGUGGGAAGAGUUUCCGCAGUGCCAGCUAUCUGGCCCAGCACCAACAGAUCCACACAGGGGAGAAGAGCUACCAGUGUCAGCUCUGUGAGCAGGAGUUCAUCUUCGCGAACAGUCUCCGCCGCCACCUCAAAACUCACACAGACCUCGGCCCCAACACUCAGGGAUUGGUCCGGAAGAAAAAGAAGAAGUCGUACCGGCCAGUGAGUGAGAUUAGUCAGGAGAAUGUGUCCCAGUUGAACUGCACGCUGUGUGGCUACGCCUUCAGGACCGUGUCUCAGGUGGAGGAGCAUCUGAAGACUCACUCCGGCGAGAAUCCCAUCUUUGAGUGUAAUGUGUGUAAAAAGGAGUUCAAUAGUCAUAGAUCGCUAUGGAGACACAAGCACAGCCACGUGGACAAUAAGCCAAUCAGUUGUGAGGUCUGUAACAAGUCAUUCCGAACCAGCUACUACCUGAAGUCUCAUAUGAAUGCUCACAAUGGUGCUAAGCCUUAUAAAUGUAAGUUCUGUGACUUGCAUUUUACGUACGCUAGUACCCGGCGUCGCCACCAGCGUACUCACAUUCCAGAAGAGAGUAUGAACUUCAUGUGUAACAUUUGUGGGAAGAAGUUCUAUGAUCAGUGUGAUUUUGACCGUCACAUGCUGGGGCAUUCCGGGGAGAAGCCAUUUAUGUGUGAUGUAUGUGGGAAGACAUUUGCCACUAAAGCUCUCCUAAGGAGUCACCUGAACCGUCAUAAUGGGGAGAAACAGUACAAGUGCCAGAUCUGUAACAAGACGUUCCUCUACCACUACCGUCUGAAACGACACAUCAAGACUCAUAACGCAGUGAAGGCGUUCAAGUGUGACAUGUGUGACAAGGGCUUCCUCACCCAGGCGUAUCUGUCCACACAUCUGCGUUCUCACACCGGCGAGAAGCCGUACAAGUGUGAGUACUGUAAUGAGGAGUUCAGCUUCUCCAACACCUUUCGUCGACACAAGCGGAUCCACACGGGACAAACGCUCAACUGCUCGGUGUGUGGGAAGAUGUGUCUGGAGCUGUUUGACCUGAAGAGACACAUGAUGUCUCACUCCGACCUGAAGCCCGUCAUGUGCGACAUCUGUGGCAAGACAUUCAGCCACCACAACAGCUGCAAGAGGCACAUGAAGAGGAUCCACCCCGAGAUGGUCCUGCCCUUCACUAUAUAGAACAGGUGCUUGUAGUAGGGGUGAAACAAUACAGCAAGGUCACAGUACGAUACAUAUCAUGAUACGUAAAUCACGAUACAAUACAUAUCACGAUACGCAUAAUUACCAGAGUUGAGAAUCUGCGAAUUUUAGUGACCACAAAUUUGUUAAAGUCUGAUGGCUUCCCCCAUAAACACCCCUAAAUUAUGGCCCACACUCCAUUGCAAACAAGUUUCAGCUGAAAAGGAAAAUAUCCAUUCUCAUCCCCGAAUUACUUCAAAUUGCAUUGGAAAUUUCUUACUAUAAAUAUUUCAGAGCAGGUUCAAAAGGAAAAGCUAGCUGUAGCUACAUGUUCAUAUCAGCUAUUUUUAGUAGUGAACUUGAAACGCUAAUUACAACACAUUUUGGGAUAUUUGACUGACAAAAAUGCGGAGGUCAGUAAGUAGUAAGUAAUUGAUUUUAGCAAGUGUAUCAUCUUGUAUCAAUAUAUAAAAAAUCAUACCAUGUAUUGUAUCGUCGCAUGAAAACUCACGGUGCAUCGAUGUAUCGUUUCACCCUUAGCGUGUAGGGGUGUCAGCAUACAUCCAGGGAUCUACCUGGGUCGAGAUAUAUACCAGUGUACAAUGAUGUUUGUAUGGGUGUCACCCUUCACUCACUCAUCCAGAGAUUUACUGUUUCGACGUAAUAAGCACCCACGUAAUAUAAUGGCUAGUGAACAAUCCCAAUUAGCACCCCUUCCGAUUGAUCAAUGUACACAAGACUUAUUUAUUCGCGUAUAAUACGCACUCGCGUGUUAUAUGCACCCUUGAUUAUGGGCAAUUAAAUUCUGGAAAAAUAUAUCUGUCGUAUAUAAACAUUUCAGGCUGUCAGCAUAAACCACAAAAUUUAACCUUGAUCUCUGUUUUUUUUCACCAAAAUAAUAUUCUAAUAAGAGCCCCCUAUUUCUAAAUUUGAGAGCGACCUGGGCGUUUAUUACGUCAAAUACGGUAUAUGACCUGUAUAUUCACAUGUUCUGGGGACUCUCGGUAACACAUUGUGUUGGUCCCAAGCAUUAGGUUUAGAUACCAGGGUAACCACAGUACCAUCAACCUAUGACAUACAGUGUGCGGUGCCACAUGCUUAUUAUAUAUGGGGAUUUCCUGUGGGAAUCGAUUCUUUGUGAAGAAAAUCUGCCAUGAAGUGUCCGAUCAGUGGCUAUUUAUUUAUUUUAGAACAGAAAUAUCAGAUAAAUCAUGCUUCAAUGUAAAUAGUUUCAGUUUUUCCAUCAUCUGAAACCUUUUGACUCACAGCGUAUAUUUUUGGGUCCUAAAUUUAAUGCAAGAAUCCCGCAGUAGUCAUGUACAGACAAGACCGUAGUUAACUUAUUUUGACAGGGGGAACUUGUACUUUCCUGAUUCAAAUAAAACUGUUUUCUAUAAAAACUCCAGGGGAGCAACUGCUCUCUCUCCCCCCCCCCCCCCCCCCCCCCCCGGCUGGCCAUGGCACUGACAGACCUGGCAUCAUUCAGACACAUUAAUCCCAUGAAUGAAUUGAUUUAUAUCUCAAUUCAUUUUUCAAAUUUUGUGAUAACCCUGUGAUAAUUUCUCUGGCUUGUUUUAUUUAACCGCCUGUAUCAAUGCCUGACCAAUAACUUUAACUGCCCUUGCUUUUAGAAUGGUACUUUAUGAUUCCAAAGUUAGUUCACAUUUGCAGAAAACAGGGCCCCAAAGAUGCACCUGCAAGCUAAUGUCAGCGUGUGUACUUUAUAGUUCACCAAUUUCAAGCUUUUAAGAAAGUGUUCGUAUAUGAUAUCCUUUUCAGGAUGGUAAUGUUUCAGGAUAAGUCACUUGUUACCUUUUCACACAAUGUUUCCAGUGACUUCAGCUUAUCCUCACGAUGUUUAAAAAAAAUGUACAGACUUCUUUAAUAUUCAAAGCUUCUCGAAGUCCUUCCACUUCAUGUAUCUCCGUCAAGUGUCAGAAUACUUAAGAAAUAAUAAAACUGAAGAUGUGAAGGAUGGGAUGUUGAGGGUAGUCAUGUGUUUUGUUGAAGAUAUAGGAACCUUUACUGGAACAUGGUAUUUGAGUGUAUUUGAAAUAUACCACUAGACAUUUCACGGGUUUGUAUACGCUAUGUUGGGACUAGGGCUGGCUAUCGACAUGGAUUACAGAGAUCGAUAAUCACUAACUAAAGUUUGAUAAAUAUUGGAGAAGUAACUUUAAACAAUAUGCAAGAAAAUCCCAAAAGAAAUCAACAUGUUUCUCGCUACUGUUGAGCAGUGACACAUUUAUGCAUGGAUUACUCUGUGGACGUUUGAGAUAUAACAAAAACAGUUGCUUUCCAUCUUCGACAAUUGACAUCAUUGACAAUAACAAGUCUGUUUCGGUAAAUCUAAACUUUAUUUCAUCUCAAUAGUUUAUGUAAGUUAAUGUCGAUGACAACAAUUUCAUUAUCAAUCUUUGUAGCUAGCCCUAGACGUUCCUCCUUUCUCCUUGUCAGUGGAAUCAGAUCAUUAAUUGAUAGGUUGGUUGAAAGUAGCGACUAUCCUGUCAAAUGGACGUAUGUGUUCAUGGGUGAUGGACAAAUGUAAGAUGUACAAAUCCAUGAAGCAUUGACAAUAAUCACAGGACAGUGUCAUGAUGUCACCGUACCCUUACAAUGUAGUACGUUACCCAUAUCAUUAAUUGAUUUUCCUCAUCCAGAUCAAUUAUUUAAAUGUUGCUGGCACAUAGCAGGACUAUUGCUGAGUGCAACAUUAAACAAUGCAAAAACAAAAUGUAUGAAAUAUUACAUGAAGCAACUAGGUAGAGAUAAGGUUGCUUGUGGAUGUUAGCAUUGGCUUGUGGUCUUGUCUAUGUUCAUGGGUGUCAGUUAGUGGUGGUCACUGAUGCAUCGGUGGAUCGUGAUUUUUUACUUCUUGAUUCAAGUAUCGACCUCAGUCACACACUAAGUAAAAAAUAUUGAUUCUUACCUCAUAAUUAUGCUUUGAUAAAUGUUACACUAAACACUAAUUACUAGUGAAAAUGAGUAGUGAAAACGUACGUGUUCAUCCAUUGUGCCAUACUUGACACUACAAGGUGUAUAUCGUUAGUGUCCCAGGUAUUUGGCCGUCCUGUCUAUGAAAAAGAUGGCUUACUCACCACAGAUAAGAGCACAUGCAAGUAUCAUGAUAUGUAUCGGAUCGUGAGCAAGGUAUCGUGAUGUGUAUCGGAUCGUGAGCAAGGUAUCGUGAUGUGUAUCGGAUCACACAGUUCAUGUAUCAUCCCAGCCCUAUUAUCAGUGUGACAUUUAUCCAUGGAAAGCAAUUAUACAUUCUUUGAUUUAAUGGUUGCUGCUAAGUUUCUCAGAUAAACGGACAUAAUUAAACUGAAUGGUUUUAUGUUCACAGUGCAGAGUUGUGUCCCUUAGCUGUGUCAGAAUCUGCUGCUGGUGGCUCUAAUCCCACAUUCAUCUUGCUUAUUAUUCUUCGCCUGCUGUGAACAUGGGUCGUCAUCUGGGACCUGUGUCACUUAAGCUGACAUGCUGUGAUAUAACUGAAGUACUGCUAGCCACACCCACCCAGUCAUUACUGAACUGAAGACUUGUGAAUUGAAGUAUCUGAUAGUUAUUAUUCUUGUCAUGUGUUCGGUCAAUCAUUUCCUCAUAGCAGGUGUGGGCGGUCGGGUAGCCUAGUGGUUAAAUGUUUUGCUUGUCACACCGGAGACCCAGGUUAAAUUCCCAAUAUGGGUACAAUGUGUAAAGCCCAUUUCUGCUGUCCCCACCUUGAUAUUGCUGGAAUUUUCCUAAAAGCAGCAUAAAACCAUACUCACUCACUCACUCACUCAUAGCAGAUGAUGUUGUAGCCAAACCAACCUUAGUGACUUGUAACCUAUGCAGUUGAGUGAUACAUGUUUUUUAAUGUAAUCACCAAGCAGUGUUAAUUUUCAACAAUUUCUGCCUUCUCAUGUUCAUAUGUGUUAUUUUCACCUAGUGAAUACGUCAGAUGCACAAUUAGAUAGUGUGUUAUAAAUGAGAAUAUCAACAUAUCUGGGGAGGUAAUUGUAGGUUACACAGGAAUCCCACGGACAUUUGAAUCAGUUGUUUCUGAGAAUUUACUGUUCAGAUCAACAUAAAUGUUAAAGCCCUCUGUUUAGAAAUUAGAAAUGGGUUGUAACACUUUGCUGUGAUUUGUUAUGUGGAGAUGACUGUUCAUGAGUUUUACCAGGCGACGACAGCAGCAGCAGCACAUGAAGACUGUGAUGAGGCAAGCUGCAGUGACGUGGCUGCGGCAGUUGUUACUGACUGUGUACCUAGAACUGGAGACUGUGUCAAGCUGAUUAGACUUGAUCAAUAUAAAUAUCUUUGGGGGGCAAGUUGUGCCACAUAGGCAUGCCAAGAUCCCAUAUUCUGGGUUCAAAUCCCAGAUUCACAGUGACUAUGAUCCUUGGUUUGUCAGCACCAUGUCCAUGCUGAUGUUUUUCAUUAAAGUGGUAAACUUUCACAACCUGCGGCACUUAAUGUUUUCGUCCCUCAUUAAGCUGACACACAGUGAUGUAGCUGAAGCACUGUUUGAAGUGGCUUGAAAGCUAACUCACUGUCGGGUAGGUCAGUUCAAUAGCUUUGUUUAGAUAUCAAGUGUACGAUUAGUUUAUUAUAUCAUUACAUUAUAUUGAAUUUAAGUCAGUUAUUGAAAUGUUGUGAUCCUUCAACGUCUCACGAAGAUAUACAGUGUGAUGUGUAAUUAGCAUUUACUGAAAUUUUUGCUAUCAUGUUUGAUGAUGUAUUAUCAAAUUGUAAAUAAAAUCCCCAUAUUUUGAA